AAAAUCAAAAUGACACUCCCAAACGACGCCGCUCCUCCCAACCCCGCCGAGCCGGGCGCGUCACCGCCACACGCCGAUGAGGGCGGUGAGAUCGCCGCUGGGAAAGUGAGGGGAUCGUGGUCACCGAAAGAGGACGAGCUGCUCACUCGGCUGGUCACCCAGUUUGGCGCCAGAAACUGGAGCGUCAUCGCCAGAGGAAUUCCGGGCCGCUCCGGCAAGUCUUGCCGGCUCCGGUGGUGCAAUCAGCUCAAUCCCGGCGUAAAGCGCAAACCUUUUUCCGAUGAAGAAGAUCGUAUCAUAGUUGCAGCUCAUGCCACUCAUGGGAACAGAUGGUCGAUAAUUGCAAAGCUCCUUCCAGGUAGAACAGAUAAUGCAAUUAAGAAUCACUGGAAUUCUACUUUAAAGCGUGGGAGGAAGUAUAUCCCUCGAACUAGAAACAUGAAGGAAGACAGUGGCGUAGAGAGAUCAAAGACAUCCUCUGAAGAAACCGUGUCAGUUGGCAAUAUCAGUUCAGUCAGGAUUCCUGAAGGAAGAGAAGUCUUUAUAGUAGACAACAGCUCUAACCAGAACCAGGACGGUGUUGGUGUAACUGAAUUGAAAGAUAAUCCAACUCUUGUUGCUGAAUUAAAAGAAGACUCCACCCUCUGUCGUCCAGUGGCACGAGUCAGUGCUUUUAGUGCUUACAACUCUUCUAAUGGCUCCGUUGUUCCAAGGCCAGUCCCAAUUCCUGGCCCUUUGGUCCAAACAUCUAAGUUAAAUUUAGACUUCUGCAACUCACUUGAGGGUGAUUGCAAUGAGCCUAUGGUUCCUCUGCAUUGUGGCCACGGUUGCUGUGAUCGAAGGCAUGUGCAUUCUGAAAGCUCAUUGUUGGGGCCUGAGUUUAUUGACUAUGAGGAGCCUCCCUCCUUCUCCAGCCCUGAAUUCAUCUCUUGUGCUACAGAUAUGAACAAUGUUGCAUGGAUUAAGAGUGGCCUUGAGAAUCGUGAGACAAUAAGAGUAGCAGAGAAUGUAGCAAGCCAGAGAUUCUCACAAGGGACACUUGCUACUCCGCAAAUGGGGUAUUAUGAAAUGAAUAUGAUGAAUGGCCACAUGCGCUUCGUGGAUGGACAGAACAGGCUAAUGACGGGUAUGAUGACAGAAAUGCUUUCAACCCAGAUGCCUAGACAAACUUUUGCCAUGCCAACUGAAGUUAAGGGAUUGAGCUAGAAGUCAUCACUGGUUUUCCUUAUCAUGGGAGGAGAAAUAUACAGGUUGAUUUUACAGCAUAUUAUGAAUAGAAAACUUUUUGGAAUCUCAGAGUUCUGUGGGUUACAACAAGAUAUAAAUGAGGACUACCCUCUUUGCUUGUGGAGGAUUUUGUUUCUACCCAAUGCUUCAAUUUCUCUUUGAAUAUAUAUGAACUUGA